AAACAAAUCAGGUGGUCGUUCUACAAAACGACGAUUCGGACGUCAUUGAUCACGUGCUUCUGACAAAACGAUAAAAGCAACAGCACACUGCUUCGAGAUAAAUUGCUUAGCGAUUUCUACGCAUGCCUCGGAGUUCCGGUAUAAAACGUGACAUCACUAAUAUAUAGUAGCUGCCUGUCUCUUUUACCUCUGUGUGCAGUUCUAGUAGAGAUAGGUAGGAGGUUUUGUAACUAGUUGAUUUGUUGACGCACACCAAAAAAUAACGUUUGGAAAGUGCUUGCCCAUAUUUCUAGGAGGAAGAUACCUGACUCUGGGCACUGGUGUGAUCUGUAGGAGGCUAAAUCCAAGUCUUUCCAUUAUAGUGAACCAAACUGGGAAACAAGGGGGGCAGCUCAUCCAUAGAAGACUGAACUCUGGGACUGGUACCAAUAAGGGAAAGGGGGUUGAUUUUCCAGUGUUGGAUUGAUGUUUUUGCAGUUAUGUCAGAGGCCAUCCUCACCUUCCAGUACCAGCUCAAUGGAGUCAUGGAAACGGUCCUCAAAACUGCUGUGCAUGAGAUCACUCGGCUGGUGAAGGACAGCUUCCUGGAGGAAGUGACAUGGAGCAAGCAGGAAGUGGACGUCUUGAAGGAGAGGUUGCAGCAGUGUGAGCAGAGAUGGAGGGACGGAGAGGAGGAGAGGAAGAGGGCAGUUGAAGAGAGAGAGCAGAAAAAGAAGAGGGAAGAGUGUGAGCCGAGGGGGAUGUGUAGAAGAUGUGGUUGUGCUGGAGACACUGAGGAGAGGGAAGAGGCUCUGUUAGGAGCAGAGGAAGGUUGUGCUAUCAAACAGGAGAUGUUCCAGCCAGGUGGAUCCAGCACUCUCCCAGAGAGAGAGUGUCCACAGGAAAUGACCACACCCAGCUCUUCCUGUGUCUCUGAAAGGAUGGAAGAGAGGGUGGUCCAUAUCAAAGAGGAGUCCGAUGACUGGGGGGACUUGGUUACCCAGAUGAUCACAUCCCCAGAUUCCCCCAUGAUGAGCCUGAGUCAUUUGCAGCGAUUGAGCUCACAUCCUGGGGGAUGGACCAGUGAGCCUCUACCUCCAGCACAAUUGGCCAGGGACCCUCCACCUCUACCUCCAGCACCAUGGACCAGGAAGGAGCAGCACCUACUCCCAAGGUCAUUGAUACCCACCCAGGGGACAGAGCAUGCUGUAGUGGCCCUCGAGACCAGUCCCAAUGGCCUGAGCAUCAACACAAUGGCAGAGCUGGGGGUCAAACCCUUCAGCUGUCCACACUGUGGGAAGAGUUUCCCUCAGCUCCGAAAUCUCAAACACCACCAGAAGUACCACCACACAGGGAAGAAGGCCUUCACCUGCUCCCAGUGUGGUAAGGGCUUUGUGUACAUGUCCCACUUCAGGGUACACAUGCAGCGCCACACGGGGGACAGGCCAUUCAGCUGCUCUCAGUGUGGGAAGAGCUUCAGCCUUCAGAGUGGCUUAAAGAAACACAGGGUCAUUCACACUGCAGAGAUCCCUUAUGUGGUGGAAAUUAAAUAUUAAUUACAUACUAUACUGUUUAAUUAGACAUACUAUGCUGUUUUUACUGAAGAGAAUUGUCUACUGUUAUGUUAUUUUUACUGAUACAGGCUUGUCUUGUGACUUAGUCAUAAAUCUGAGCGUACAGAUUUAUGAGCUGCUUGGAUGUGACACAGUAUGUGACCUCUUGUGUUUACGAUCGGCAGGAAUUUAGCUAUGUUGGAUUUGCAGGGAGGAACAGCGAGUGGAGGCGAUAUCAGCUAUCAUGAUCUACACAGAUGAACUAAAUUACUUCUUACAACUCUGUUCCCAGGGCCUGUUUCUGCACAUCUGCUAACUGUCAAAGAUAAAAGGAUGUACUUUCUAUAAAAGGCGAAAGACAGCUCUGUUCAUGGAGCUUUUCAACUCUUGACAAUUUUUUUGUGAUGGUUGAUUGCUUAAUUUUUGCAAAUCUUAAAGUUGUUUUGAAGAAUAGUCUUUCUCCUUUUGGUUAGAAAUACUACCAUACUUACCAUUGCACGGAAUGUGGGAACAGAUUCAUGCAGCAAGGUAGACAUUUGAGCAGAAGCAGGUUGAUUUAGAAAAAUAGAGUGGGGGAAACAAACUGCUCACGUGUACUAUGUUCAAUGUGUUGUUGCUAACGCAUUUAAUGUUGAGAGGAAUAAAACUUUGAAUAAAUUAUUCUCAUCCUUUCUUAAA